GACAGAGCGAGCGGUGUCAGCACAGCAGCGGCUCCGGCAGCGGGAGGACUCAAGUGGGAUACGCGUUGGGCUGUGUUAUAUCCUUCAGGCUUUCGGGAAUACUUUCAUUUAUCUCCUUCAGAAGGGCUGGAUCAGUGAGCUGCAGAUCUCAGGAGAGUGUCACAGUAGCAUGGCAUCCCCCCAAGAUAUGAGACGAGUUGUACGGCAGAGCAAAUUCCGUCACGUCUUUGGCCAGGCGGUGAAGAAUGACCAAUGCUACGAUGAUAUCCGGGUGUCAAGGGUCACAUGGGACAGCGCCUUCUGUGCAGUCAACCCCAAGUUUGUUGCCAUAAUUAUUGAGGCCAGUGGCGGUGGAGCUUUCCUCGUUCUCCCUCUUCAUAAGACGGGACGCAUUGACAAAUCCUACCCCACAGUGUGUGGUCACACAGGCCCGGUGUUAGACAUUGAAUGGUGCCCCCACAAUGAUCAGGUCAUCGCCAGCGGCUCCGAGGACUGCACAGUGAUGGUGUGGCAGAUUCCUGAGAAUGGCCUUGUCACUGCCAUGUCUGAGCCAGUAGUGGUGCUGGAGGGCCACUCCAAGCGCGUUGGCAUCAUCACAUGGCACCCCACAGCACGCAAUGUCCUUCUUAGUGCAGGUUGCGACAACCAGAUCAUCAUCUGGAACGUGGGCACAGGAGAGGCUAUGAUCAACCUGGAGGACAUGCACCCCGAUGUCAUUUACAACGUGUGCUGGAACCGCAACGGUAGCCUCAUCUGCACCUCCUGCAAGGACAAGGGCAUCCGUGUCAUCGACCCCCGCAAGGAGACGAUUAUUGCUGAGAAGGAGAAGGCACAUGAGGGCGCUCGACCCAUGAGGGCCAUUUUCCUUUCUGAUGGCAACGUCCUCACUACAGGUUUCAGUCGCAUGAGUGAGAGACAGCUAGCCCUCUGGAACACGUCAAACAUGGACGAGCCGAUGACUGUUAAUGAGAUGGACACCAGCAACGGAGUGCUCCUGCCCUUCUAUGACCCAGACACCAAUGUUGUUUACCUCUGUGGGAAGGGUGACAGCAGCAUCCGUUACUUUGAAAUCACAGAUGAGGCUCCAUAUGUUCACUUCCUCAGCACUUUCGCCACCAAGGAGCCCCAGAGGGGCAUGGGCUACAUGCCCAAGAGGGGCCUCGAUGUCAACAAGUGCGAAAUUGCGAGGUUCUAUAAACUGCACGAAAGGAAGUGUGAGCCUAUCGUGAUGACUGUACCUAGAAAGUCGGACCUGUUCCAGGAUGACUUGUACCCAGACACUGCUGGACCCGACCCUGCCCUGGAGGCUGAGGACUGGUUUGACGGCAAGAAUGGGGACCCCAUCUCCAUCUCCCUCAAGAACGGCUACGUCCCGGGCAAGAACCGCGAGUUCAAGGUGGUCAAAAAGAACAUUUUGGACAGCAAGGUCACCAAGAACUCAGAGAACUCAAGCCCUGCCAACAAGUCUGCCUCCCCAACUCCAUCGAUUAAAUCUGAAGCCAAGCUGGAGGAGAUCUUGAAAGAAAUCAAAUCCCUCAAGGACCUCGUCAGCAGUCAGGAGAAGCGAAUCAUCAAACUUGAAGAGCAAAUGUCCAAAAUUGCCAUUUAGGGACCCUUUACCCAACCCGCUACAAUUCAGGACGUUCCAUUGGCUAGGGGGUGGGCGGGACCAGUCACUGCCUAUCUCAAUGACAGUGUUUCGUCUGAGGCCUGCCUAGCAACGAUCCCUAGCAACAUUCCAGAUGAACUUUUUCUUAGCCAGCCCCCGACCCUCACUUUAACACAGGUGGAAUAAGGACGUGUGGCAAAUUUAGCAGAAAAAUACUCUCGCUUUUUUGGUGACAAAGGACUCUUUUUUUCCUUUUAUUGUGUGGCAGUCAUUUUUUUAUUUUGUCUACUUGGAUUUAAAAAAAAAAAAAAAAAAAAAGGUCUUGCAUAUUCCUUUUGCAUUUUAGAAAUAUGACCAAGAAAAAUUCCAGUUUGUCAUUGCAUACCCAAAUAUUUUUUUAAGUAGAUAUCAGUGUUUCACGUUACCGUACCCCAAAAUUAUAAUGUUGCCAAAUUUUUUUGAAAUUUUGUUUACACCUCCUUGACAGUAUUUGUUUCUCUCUCUUUGUGGUAAGAUUCAAACCAAAUGCAAACAGGGAAAGCUCAGUGCAGUAGACUGGUUAUGUAAGGAGAAGGAGAUUCAAAUCAAUAAUAUACUAUGAGAUUAAACUAAUUAGAUUGACAGCCCAAACUCUGAAAUUAGGAGGAAAUUCAUUCACAUUUAUCUGCCACUGUCUACACCGAGCACACAGACGUCACGUAAAAACAGCAAGUCUGACUGUCUGUUGAAGCUGCACAAAUGAACACCUGCUUUUUUCGACCAUUUCCUCUCAUUCCCCGCUACUUCCCGUCGUUCCCGACUGUGGACAAUAGUCCAUGUAAACGUGCAUUCCUUUCUAUCUUGCUUCAUUAAUACGCACUGUGUGCUUAUUGGAGAAAAAUGACAAAACACAUUCCACAAAUCUCAUCUGCAGUUCUUCAGGCGCGGGGGGGGGUGGGGAUCGGGAGGGUAGAAAAAAAGAAACGCUUCUCUAAAGUUCCUCUUUCUGUAAACACUCUACUGUAGUGACUCAGUUACACUGGUUGGUUGUUAUUGUGACAUUCAUGCGCUGCCCAUGGAAAGACCAACUGUGGAUUUUCAACCUCAGCUCUGCUAUGUUUUUGUGAGAGGUUCAGUCACCGAGCCUCUGUGUUAGAUAUCCACGGGAGCUUUUCCUUUUUUGCUCAAGUGCAGUCAAGUGUAGUGGGAUUAUUUCUUGUCAUGGUUCCUUUUGCAUUGUACGCCAUCUCAGAUCUGUGUUUUCUGUACAGACGAAACAGGAAUGGAUUAUAAAAAGAAAAACAACAAAAAAAGGUGACACCAAGUAAUCACACGUUGACUUGACUAUUUAAAACCAUCUGGUGAUACAACUGGAGAUUGCUACAGAAACUGUUUAUGAUAGACCUUAAAGGCCUAGAUUGUGUGUGUGAAUAUGUGCCUCAUGUCUUUGGUCUUUUGGGUACCUGUCACUAUGGAUAUUCCUGCUUUGUUUCUUAUUGGGGUGGGGGGGUGGGGUUGGGUUACGAAAUGGACUCACAGUAGAACGUCCAAGACUUGCCUCUAACUUGGAUGAAUUGAAUAGUUGGGUUAUUGCUUCACUGUUAAUUUUAGCCUGUUUCUUGUUCCAGCUGUGCUUAUAUCCCUCUUAGCACUUCCACUUGUUGGUUGUUUCUUUUUUUUUUUUUUUUUUUUUAAGGUUGUUUCUCAGAUGCCCCCUUAUUCAGUAUAGUUAUUACAAGAUCAAGGAACCAUUGAGUCGUCCGGUGUGAGCUGCUUUGAUCAGACAGCUACGAUUUAAUUAAAUAAAAAUAAAACUUAAAAAAAGCUCUUCCUGAUGUUUUAGAUUUGUUUCCCAGUGGGAAGCUGAGACGGGUAAUGGUUCAGUCUGUUGUUUGCCUUCAAAUAUUUGUUACCACUGUAAAGACCUGAAAGUGCCAUAGAGGUGACCACGGAAGUGUUUGUAGGGGGAUUGUUGUGUGAGUAGAUUUGUGUAGUAAGUGGAAGAGCUGAUAGGUACCCGGAUUUAAAACCACUUUGAGGUGCUAUACUUAGUGCAAACGCUAUAUUCAAAGGACCCUGUUCCUAAAGUACUGUAUGCAGCCCCCCCCUUGGAUAACACCACAAAAAAACCUGUCAAUUCAUCCCACAAUACAUGAAGGAACAGGAAGCAUUACAGCUCACAGGUGUGGGGAGGGGGGGUCUGUUCGAAGCAUUGUGCCCCUGACUUUUUGACGCUUUUCACCUCGGUACGGGUAUUCAAAAGAUCUCCAAAAAAAACGAUGUCAAACCGAGAAGCUGUCGGCGCGGCCUUUUUUGAGUCAUCGAUGCUUUAAGACGCCAUUCGAGCAGCGACGUCGUAGAAUAUUAGCGACAGGAAAAUGUCCAGAGUGCGACAGAAAUGUUUGUCUGACACAGAUUACACUGCCCUAUCUUGUAUAUCAGACUGCCACUCUAUGGAUUCUGUGUAGCACUGUUGGCGUGAGAGCUAGCUGUUGAGGAGUAGUAGUGAAUAGCGAUCCAAAGGGACACUGUAGGUUGGAGAAAUGUGCAGUUGAAAGAUAGAUGUAUGUUUGUAAUUAAGGUCUAGAAAAAUGAGUGAAAGCUGUGUAAAUAACAUGACCAUAUUUUCUGUAUUUUUCUUUUCUUUUCCUUUUUUUCGUUCUGUGGUCGUGCUGAAGAGGGUAUUUGUAUGGGAGGUGGGUUUUAAAUGUUUCCCCUUGUCUGUGUUCCCUGCACCUUGCCAUAAUGCAUCAUGAGAAAAAGCAGAACCUCUGUUACAUUGGAGGUCGUAUGAAUAUCGAGGAAGAAAAUCAGACGAUAACGAACCAGGAUGAAGCCUCAUGUGGAGGUCUGCUCAGCAUUUUUGUUCAUUAUUCUUGCUUCAAGUAUCAAACAUUGAUUAUAAGAAAAAUUAAUAAAGAAUUUUUAAAAUGG